AAAUUCGAUACGACUUCGUCGCCAUUUUCUUUCGACACAAAACUGGAAUUACUAACUGUUUGGGCCAGUGUAAAACCAACCUUGUUUUUUUUAAAAGGACGUUUCAUAGUUAUACUUUUUCAGAUGAUGUCCGACACGUCUUUUGAAGAAGGUAGUGGUGUGUCCACGCCGAGCUUCGGGUCCACCACUGAGGUCAGCAGCAGUUCGACCACUUUGUCCGAAGAAAAGGUGGACCCUGGUCGACUGACCAUGGAGGUUAUAGGACCGGCCCUGUCCGAGCUGAGUAAAACUGGGAACGGGCUGGCACACGCCUACAUACGGCUGGAUCUCCACCGCAAGGAUCUGACGGACAUCAGUGUCCUGAAGGACCUGGUGCAUGUCCGGUACCUGGACCUGUCCGGCAACCGUCUGACGGACCUGUCUCCACUCAACAAGAUGGACCAUCUACUCUGGCUCAAGGUGGACCGAAACGCGCUCACCAAAAUUAACCUUACCGAGAGGCUCUUUCUACAGGUGGCGUCCUUCGCGUUUAACCAGAUCGCUACGGUGGCAGGCCUGAGCCAUCCCCAGCUCAUGCUCCUGAACCUGACAGGGAACCGUCUGCAGCGGAUCUCCGGGCUCGACCCGUGUAAGCUCCGGGCCCUGACCACGCUGGAGCUGCGGGGCAACGGGCUGGAGAGCACCGAAGGGCUGGCCCUCCCGUCCCUCCGAGAGCUGUAUCUGGCGGCGAAUAAACUUGAGAAGAUUGAGGGUCUACGGAAAAUGCCGAAUCUGAAGUUGCUUCACCUUCGUGAUAACGUCAUUUCCUCUUUGAGUGGGUUCACUUCCGGCAUGAAGUCUCUCCAGUAUCUCAACCUGAGGGGGAAUCAGAUAAUGACCGUAAAAGAGGUGGAAAAACUGCACCACCUGGACCGUCUCCGAACCCUGUCCCUGGCGGGUAACCCUCUAGCGAGGGAAGAGGCUGAGCACUACGUGUUGGACGCCCUGUCCUACAUCCCGAGCCUGGACCGGAUAGACAAGAACCCCAUCUCGGAGGAGGACCGCAGCGAGGCCGAGGCGUUGGCCGAGCUUCGCCGCCAGGAGUUAUCGAGCUCGGACUCGCUGGCUCAUCUUCCGCACGAACAAAUGUUCUCUUCUGCCAGCUCAGAGUUCAGCUCAGAUAUGAUGUAG